AUGGCUCCUCUCACUCCCCAUUGGCACCAGCCCUCUCACCCCGACAUCCAAGAAGUCGUCAUCGUGAACCCCGAGGAAUUCACCACCAAGAGCAUCUCGCGCAUUUCUCUCCCCCCUUUUGCAGUUUUCGCAAAGUUCGACUUCCCUCCCUGCACGCCCGCCAGCGAACCGACCUACGCUACCGUUCAGACCGGCCGCGACACACAUCUCAACCUGAACAUUGACCUACUUGAAGGAGAAGCCCCAGAUGUUGAACGCCCCCGUCCUCCAGAAAGGGUCGAUGUGAUUAACGCAAGGGUACAGCUCUUUGAUGUAGGAAACUUGAACAUUCUCGUGGGACCCAAGGGUCUCAAGGUUGGCGAUGAGCUCACAUUCUUCUAUCCCUCCACCGAAUGGCAUAUGGCCCAGCCCUUUGACUGCCUCUGCGGCACUCCCUCUUGCCGCGGCCGAAUCUCUGGUGCUCGCGACAUGACCCAAGCCCAGCUCGACGGUAUCUGGCUCAACGGACACAUCAUCCAGCUCCGUGCCGAGCAGCUCGCCCGCUCCGAGGAUCCCACUGCAACCGCCCUCCGCGACGCCGUUGUCCACGCUGAGAAGGUCCUUGAGUCCGCUCGUCUUGCUCUUCGUUCUUACACGAGCAACGCGCACGCUCAGAACGGAAAUGGCACUUAUCCUUCCAAGUACGCCAACGGAACUCUUGGAAAGGCUGCUGCGCUGGAGCAUCGCGGCCCGACCUCUCGUGAGUUGAGCGGUGAGAUGGGUGGUGAUACUGUCCGCGUUUAG